AUGGGUUUAGAAGAACUGUGGAUUUUAUUUGGGUCUAGGAAAAAUCGAAGAUACAUUGCAGCCCACGACUUCGCUAAUGUAAGUACGGAUAAAUGUAUGGGCUUUAGAGGCUUUUAUGCGUAUACUAGAUGCGACAGUGUAUCCUUUCUCAGUGGAAGAGGCAAGAAAGGAGCAUGGAAAACAUGGAUGACUUGUGAGUCGGCAACCAAAGCAUUUAAGUUUACAUCUUUGCCAAACGACCACAUUCCAUGUCACAUUCAGGCACUUUUGGAAGAGUUUACUUCGAAGCUAUACUCUGCAACCUCAGAACAUCGAAAAGUUGAUCAGCUACGGAAACAGCUCAUCUGA